UUGCAAAUCAUUCAUUCUGCUGCUGCUGCUCCGGCGCCUCCGCAUGCCUGAUUUGGAUCCCCGUUUCCCUCCUCGACACGCCAGUGCCGAGUGCUUUAUUGAUUGCGCAGGAACUCCUGAUUGCGAGCCCUUUCAUUUGAGUUUCGUCUUGCUAAAUUUUGUACAGAGCCGACUUAGAUAUGUAUAUUUCUGCUGUUCCGGCGUCUGAUGUUUUGGCCCUCCGAAGAUCGUUCGCGACGAGCGGAUUUGCGUGAAUUUGAGUGAGCAUGCGCAGUAGCGGAGGUGCCUCUACAUAUUAGUGCGGUAUCAUCGGGUUUUUUGGACUCGUGCGAGGCGGUUUGGCGUUACGGUAUUGUACACUACGAUCAAAAAGUGUUUCGCGAUUCCAAACGGAGUAAUCGAAGUUUGUUUUUUUGUCUUUUCUUUUUUGGUUUGAUCUUCGCGAACAGCCCUGGUGAAUUUGGAGGCGCUUUAUUUGGUUGGAAAUGUCCGCCCUGGUUAAUGACGCAGGCAAUCUGAGCGUAGGGCUAUCGCGUCGCGCCGUGAACAUUCAGCGCCUCACCUGUUCUACGGCAGGGCGUUUGCUGGAAAAGUCGUUGGCGGACGCCGUUAUCAAGGUUAAUGCGGGCGAGCGUAUUGCGAUACCGACACGAGCAGCGCACAUCCAUGUCAGAAGUUUUAUCUGUUCAAUUUAUGUCAUUUCGCUGCAAACAGCCAAGGUCCGCAUUGAUGGUGCAAGAGAAACUCGAUAUUAUUUGGCUAGGAUAAGUUGACGUGGAUCGGUCAGCCGUAGAUGAAAUGAUAACGAUGCUCUAUAGGUUGCUGAAAAGCUGUAAUGUGGGAAACAAGUGCCGUUUGUCCACCCUACUUUGGUCUCUAGCAGCCUGGAUUCUAUUUCUUCACAUUUAUAACACCUUAUUUCCCUCCGGCACACUCCUUCCGGAACCACGUAAUCCAUGGAGCAAGGGGAUGGAUAUAUAUGCUGACCUAGAGGUUUACCAGCGGGUCCACAAAAGUGAUAGAACUGCUGAUGUUGGGACAAAACACCCACCUAGGAAGAAAGGUAGGUUCCCUAUUACCAUCCCAUUCAAAAAUAAGGGCGGGGAUAGAAUUGAGGAAGCGAGGGAGCAGGCGGCUCUUCAAAAGCUAGCUGUGCUAUUCCCAGGAAGAAAAUAUGCAAUCGAUCCGUCGAAGACUUCGAGCGGUAAUGUAGGGUAUUUUUAUCCAGGCAGACAAUGGCGCGACACGGAUGGUAAGACCAUUCAAGCUCAUGGUGGAGGCAUACUAUAUGUCGAAGGAACUCAAACAUUUUAUUGGUAUGGAGAGAAUAAAGACGGGCCCACAUAUCAUGCUGGCAAGCAUGGGCUAGCUAGAGUAGACGUAUUGGGUAUAAGCUGCUAUUCAUCUAAGGAUUUGUGGGCAUGGAAAUUUGAAGGAAUGGCCUUGCGGGGUGAAAGGGUGGACAAGUCUAGUGAUUUGUAUUUCCGAAAUGUGGUGGAGCGACCAAAGGUUAUAUACAAUGCGAGGACCAAAAAUUAUAUAAUGUGGAUGCACAUCGACAACGGAAAUUAUUCUAAAGCUGCUGUUGGUGUGGCCAUUAGCACACAACCGGAGGGUCCCUUUGAGUAUAUGGGCAGUAAGAGACCCCAUGGCUGUGACAGUCGAGACAUGACGAUUUUCAAAGAUGACAAUGGAGAUGCUUACAUCAUCUAUUCAUCUUUAACGAACAGCGAGUUGCACAUAGGGAUGUUGACAGAAGACUACACGGAUAUAGUGGAAAGAGGAAUGAAGAAGGCAUUAGUCAGCCAACAUCGAGAAGCACCGGCUGUAUUCAAGCACCGCAAUAUUUACUAUAUGGUGACUUCGGGCUGUACAGGAUGGAAUCCAAAUGGUGCUUUAGUUCAUGUUGCUGAGUCAAUGCUAGGGCCUUGGGCAACGCUGGGAGAUCCAUGCAUUGGAGGAGAAGAUGAGGAAUUUCGAUCUCAUACAUUUUUCUCACAAGGAUCAUUUGUACUACCCCUUCCUGGUUUAACGGAUUCUUUCCUAUUUAUGGCGGACAGGUGGCGACCAGCAAAUCUUGCAGAUUCGCGCUAUGUUUGGCUGGUUUUGACAAUGGGUGCAUCAGCUGUACCCAUUGAUGACGCAGAGUUCAGCUUCAAGUUUCCACAGUGCAAACAAGUUCAGAUCCCUUGGGCUGAGAAGUGGAAACUUCCUGAAGAUUGGAAAGGUAGUGCUUAACGGUAACCUUCUUCAAUUCAAGAUGAUCAUAUGGCUGAUGAGCUCUUCCACUCUGUACGAUAAAUCUAAAACAAGUUCACGUUUAUUACCCACUUUGCAAGCACUAACCAAGAUUCUUGGUUUCAUCGGUCCAGUUCAUUUUGAUUUUUUGAUUUUUUGAACUUGAUUUAAUUUUCCUUCCAGCUUCAGAUUUAGCAAGUACGGUUCCCAGAUUCAAAAUUUUAUAAGUUUUGAGUUGAGAGAUGCUUAACACAACUCUUUCCUUAUGAAUAUUCCUAGAUGACAUGUCACACAGUUAACUGUUAAAACAACUGGUGCGGAGGUGGUUUCGUUGAGUUUUUCUUAGAGGUGAAACUUGUAGAGUACAAGAACAGUGUCGCUGAUAACUACCCACAUGUCCAGAUGUCAUAUCGAAAGGCAUAAUAAGUUGUACAGACAUAGGAAAUGCCCUCGAUGUAAGAAAAUACAUGCAAAAGUAGACAAUUGUAAACUGCAAGGACUACCAUUGUAAGAACUUGGGCAAUGAAGUUGUCGAGAUCAUGACAAUAAAUAGGCCAUCAAUAAGUGCUUACCUGUUGUCUGGCACUCAUGUCUUAGUAGGUUCUGAAGUGUAAUUUGAGAGUAUGUCCUGUCUGGUUUCACCGUUUACGAGUAGAGAGAUUCAUUAUCAUGACCUAUUUGAUAAAUUAACAGGAGCUCUUAAGCGAUCAAGCUCGAGAGUUAUUCAGCUGA